AGGCAGCCGAGGUGCGGCGUGCGAGGCGGCUGUGCCCCCCCCUCCCUAUCCCCCCCCCCCGGCACGCGCGGACAGACACACGGCCGCACACACGGACACGCGGCCGCACGGACACGCGCGCACCCCACCCUGCGCUGCGAGCGGGCACAGCCCCGGAGGCGAUCCUGGAGAACAACCUUUCCCUGUCGCUGCUGCCCGCUCCCGCCGGGCUGGACCCGGGGAGCUGCGUCGCGGAGCAAACCUCUCCCAAGGGGCUGAGCUCUCCGGCCUGGUGCCUGCAGCCGGAGCCGGCCUCCGGCCUGGCGGGCAGAGGCCAGGUGUCCUGGAAUAAGUGCGGCCCGGGGGGAGACUGGCUGCCCGGCGGCAGGCAGAAGGUCUGCGAGCAGAUGGGGUCCGACGUCCGGGACCUGAACGCGCUGCUGCCCUCCGUGCCCUCCCUACCGGGCAACAGCAACUGCGCCAUGCCGGUGAGCAGCGCGGCGCAGUGGGCUCCCGUCCUGGACUUCCCCCCGGGGGCCUCCUACGGCUCGCUGGGGCCGCACUCCUUCAUCAAGCAGGAACCCAGCUGGAACGGGUCGGACCCGCACGAGGAGCAGUACCUGAGCGCUUUCACCGUCCACUUCUCCGGGCAGUUCACGGGCACGGCCGGGGCCUGCCGCUACGGGCCCUUCGGCGCCCCGCCGCCCAGCCAGCCGCCCUCCGGCCAGGCCAGGAUGUUCCCCAACGGGCCCUACCUGCCCAACUGCCUGGAGAGCCAGCAAGCCAUUCGCAACCAGGGUUACGGCACCGUGGCCUUUGACGGGACUCCGAGCUACGGCCACACGCCGUCUCACCACGCCGCGCAGUUUACGAACCACUCUUUCAAACACGAAGACCCCAUGAGCCAGCAGCCAUCUCUAGGGGACCAGCAGUACUCGGUGCCCCCUCCGGUGUACGGCUGUCACACCCCCACGGACAGCUGCACGGGCAGCCAGGCCCUGCUCCUGCGGACCCCCUACAACAGUGACAAUUUGUACCAAAUGACGUCACAGCUGGAAUGCAUGACAUGGAACCAAAUGAACCUGGGAUCCACGCUGAAGGGCCAUACGACAGGAUAUGAAAAUGAGAACCACAGUGCUCCCAUGUUAUACAGCUGUGGGGCCCAAUACAGAAUACACACCCAUGGAGUCUUUAGAGGCAUACAAGAUGUCCGACGAGUGCCAGGAGUAGCUCCGACUAUUGUCCGAUCAGCAAGUGAGACAAAUGAAAAACGCCCCUUCAUGUGUGCCUACCCCGGCUGCAACAAGCGAUACUUCAAGCUGUCCCAUCUACAGAUGCACAGCAGAAAGCACACUGGUGAAAAACCAUAUCAGUGUGAUUUUAAGGACUGUGAACGAAGAUUUUCUCGUUCAGACCAACUGAAACGGCACCAAAGACGACACACAGGUGUGAAACCCUUCCAGUGUAAAACCUGUCAGAGAAAGUUCUCCAGAUCUGAUCAUCUGAAGACUCAUACCAGGACUCAUACAGGUAAAACAAGUACCACCAGCACUGAUGACCACUAGUUAACCUGUCCAGGUCUUGACCACAAUUUAUCCAUCUCACUUGGGAAUCAUACUGGCAGCAGAAAACAGUGUCAAGUUUCAUAUCGUGCUGUAAAACAGUUGCUUCAAUUGUUCAUCUUUUUACAAAACUAUUCCUUUCCUUUAAACCUGUAAGAUUUGUUUAAGAACUUCGCAGAACAGUAAAACCCACUUUAUAAAUAGAAGUAUUGGCCUUCUGUAGAACUGUGCUGAAACCAUAAGCACAGAUAACUUCUAAGAUUAGGAUGCCGUGCGGUGACUUUUACUUGAAAGUUAACUUAGAGUUAGGGUGGCUUAAAUCAGUUCAGCAGGUUGAAAAAGACAGUCCUUCUUACAUGAUGAAGUGUGAAAAUGGAGAUAAAAAAAAAUUAUUGUUUCUUUGUCAUACUGCCUGCUUUUCUUUGGAAGUAAGUACAGCCUGCCUGAGAGCCCUUUGACCUUGCAAAAUAUUUGUAUCUCUUUAGCAAAAAUCUUUAAUGUAUCUUGCCAAGCUUUUUUCUCUAAUGUACACAAUGGAGUUCUAUGAUGGGUUGAGCUUUCUCUCUUAAAGUGCAGCUGCAUCGUCAAGAAAACUCAACAGUUAAUUCUUCAAGUCCUCUUUUUCGCUGGGGUAUUGCAUCACUGUUAAUUACUGUUGGGGUACUGUGACUCAUUUGUAUCAGUCAACUUUAUCUUUUGCUGCCAAAAGACAGCAUCUCUCUGGAGAAACUCAUAACAAGUGUGGCAAACAUCAAAUAUUUGGAGUAAAUGGUGUAUAUAAAACUGCACAGAAUUAAAAAAUAAAGCAACUCCUCCUCUUUCUCGAGAGAAAAGUUCAGUCGUAAUAACUAUGUCCUCUGAUUUACCCAGCAGUGUUCUGCAGCUACAAAACAAUGUUCUCCAGCCUGCACCCAAAAUAGAGAGCUGCCAGAAGUGUUUAGAUUAAAAGCCAAAAAAAGAAAAAUCAGCCUCCAGUUGCGCCUGCAUUAGUCAAACAUAAAUAAAACUAUCUUUUGUGAAAUAUAACCAAAACUCCGCUGCAGCAUAGACCAGGCUUCCAGUGACCUGUAAAUAACUACAUCCAUACUUUUUCUGCUCGGUGAAUGGCAUGCCAAAUAAUAAUAAUGGUAGAUGGCAAAAAAAAAAAAAGAAAAAAAGAAAAAAAGUGUGGGGUGAUGAGUGACAGAGUGUCCCCCUUUGUUUUUGCUGCCGCCCCUUUUUCAAUGAAAGCACUUGCUGCUACUCCGUUGUGUGAUGCUCAUUAUGUCCUCUGACACUCCGACUGCAGAGAAGACAACAGUGAUGUUUAGAAGAUCUUUUUUAUUUUUAUUCCUAGUCAUUUUACAGUCUUUGUCACGAGGCAUCUUAUGUCUCUCCCUCUCAUUUUCGUUUUUCCAAGAUUCUAUCAGCAAGGUAAGCCACCUUUAUUGAAGUGCUUUACUACAUGAAUUUCUCGGAAGCAGCCCCCAGAUGCUGUUUCUUGCAGCAUGCAAUUCCUCAUUCUGUGGCAAGCAAAACUGCUCAGAAGCCUGAGUUUCUGUGAGCCUGACCUCCAUGUGAAAGAUGAGGGGACUGCAUGCUAUUCUAUCUCACAAGUAUCCUUAGCUCUCUGGAAAAUUUUCAAUCCCACAAUAAACAGGGAAAGUCUUUUAUGCCUCUGACCUGUGUUCAUAAACUGAAACUACUCAGCAAUGUUAUUUUGGCUGAUGGUUAAAUGUCUACUUUGGCUGACAUACUUCUUCUGUUCUGUAGCUUUCAUCACCCCCCAGAAGACAGAAUGUUAGUGGCAUAAGUAGCACUUGUGUUUUUUCUUGUCACUUCAUUAGGUACAGUACAUGUUGGGUAGGAAAGGGAACAUGAUGUCAGUUCUCUCCGAUGUUGUCAGCCAAGAUUCAAGGAUUCCCUUGCACCAGUUUUUUCAAGGUAGAUGACUCCAACCAAGUGUCCUCUCUGCUUGUUGAAAACUUAAGACCUAACAUGCCUAGAUUGUAACCACCUGAUGGUACUCUUGGUGCAUGUCAUAUUCUUUAAGAGAAUUGCAGUGACCAAAAAGUAGGUCCCAAGACGCUACUUUGCUGCAGUAAAGCAAACAACAUAAAGGCAGUCCUAUUGUCCAGUCAUUCCUUCAAGGGAAGCAGGAGACUUGCAGAGAAGAGCUCUUUGUUUCCCUUUCCAUGGUGGUUUAGGCAGCUUGUUCAUUGUAGAAACCAAUCCAACUUGGCCUAUCUGUUUCAGGAUGCUAGUAGGAUUCAUUAAACUGCUCCACCAACCUUAUGGCUACUGAAAUGGGUCCUGAAGACACAGGUGGGUGCUUUAAACCAGUGUUUCUUCCUCCCUCUCCUGCAGGCAGGCACUGAGAAAACUCUAUCACAUGCAGUGUUUUCCAAUCAUCAGUGUGACCUGACAGUAAAUCCAGUCCAAGGCUUUGGGGUGGACUGAGGGCCUCCAAGAAGAUACCUGCAGCUCUGCACCUCAGAGCUGCCUGCACCUGGUGAGGUGGGUACACAAAUGCAGCCAGCUGGCAGAGGUGUGUUGCCAGAGGAUGGUCAGAGCUGUACUGCCCAGUCCUGCUCGAGCCCUGCUUGUACCUUCCCCCUGGGGCAAGAAUGGGCAGGGAGAAUCACUCAGUGUUUGAGCUGGGGAACGCUUCCACGCUUUAGGAAACUUCUCCUUCCAUGAGUUAACAAAGAUGUCAUUAAAGGCAACGUAUGCAGUUCAGAAUGGCACUAAUGGACAAGAAGAUCCAGCUGCAAUAUUUGGGAAGAUCCCAUAAAAGAUUCAUUAGGAUCCUUUUAGUUCCUGGAAGUCCAGUUGGCACAAAGGAGCCUACUGAGAGUGAAGAUCUGGUCACAAACGUGGUGAGUUUAAAAAAACCCAACAAAACAAACCCCAAACCCAGCCCCACUGACACCGUUCUAAAAAUUAGACAAUUAAGAGUAAAACCAGGAAUGUAGCCAGAACUAUUCCACCUCAAAUAAUAAACACAAGGAUAAGUUGCCAAGUGAGGUCAAAGAAGCAAAUGGUAAAGUGAGUUUAAGAGACAGCUAGACACUUUUAUGGGGAGAGAGAGGAUUGAAGGAUACAGUGACAAAACCGGGGGUAGAGCUGAGAUAACUCAGAGGACAGGCAUGGUGGGCCAAUAGCUCGAAGAGGGCUCUGAAGCCCAGCUCUGCAGGCGAGCACAGGGGAGGAUAUGGGUGUUCUGGGGAGAUAGAUGCACCAGGGCUGUCUGCAGUGCCCUAUGGGGGGUGGUGGGAAGCUGGCAGAGCAGUCCAAGAGGGAGUUGAGCCUGGCAGGUAGCAGUGGGUGCACUCUCAGGUGCAUUGGCUGUAACUGCUGCCUUUGGGUUCCCUAAUGAGAUGCCCUGGCAGACUUGCUAAAAAAGCUGAUUUUUGAGGAGCUCCUGCCUAAGCAGCUUGUUCUGUAGUAAGUUAUCAGUGCAGAGCUCAGACAGAGACACCAAAAGGAAAAAAAAUAAACACCCAAAAACACAACUUUUUUUUUUUUUUUUUUAGUUUUCAUGAGAGACUACUUGUAAUAUAGGAAACAACAGGGCUGGCUAGAAUAUGAUUCAAAUGAAUCAAAGACAAAAUAUACAGAGAUUAUGUUCUUCUCUGCUUGUACUAAGCUGCAUACUUUCACGUUGACGUUGCCAGCACAGCCUGUGUCAAUUCCCAUAAAAUAUCCUGGCAGAACUUCCGUGGCUUCAAAUAGCAGCGUGAUGAAGCCGGGUUUUAAGUGCUCUGUUUGGCCAUCAGCUAGAUAAUCUUUAAGGUCCCUUCCAGCUCAAAGCAUCUCUGCACUGAUGAGCUGAUGUGGCUCCACCAACACAGAGAGGUUCUUAAAUAACUGUGGUGAGGGAACCAAGACAAGCAUGGCCACUGGAAAUAAGCCAGAGCAUCAGUUAAUUAAAGUACAGUUCUCCGUAGACUGUGAAAUCCAAUCAGAAAUGCCAGCUGCGAAUCCUCGAAGGGCUCUGAGUGCUGAGGAUGGUCUGAAAGGUGGUACUCUCGUGGAAGCCACACAUAACAUGGUCGGAUCUUGGGCUAGGGAUGGUAGGAGCUCAGGAAAAUGCUGCCAUAAAGAGCUUGCAGGCCACAGGUAAGGUGUUCAAAUGCACAGGUUUAAAGGCGCUGAACAUCUUGAAUGAUAAAAGUACAGUCCCAGGCAAGGCUUCUUUAAUCCUGGUGAAUAAAUGCGUAUCACAUAGGUGUAAAUAUUAUUUAAUAGCAUCACUGUUUGUUUGUUUUUUAAAUGUGAAACAGGCUGCUCAUAUUCUGGUUAACUCUUGCAGAGCCAAGAUCUUAAUCUGCAAAAAUAAGCUGAACAGUAAUGGAAAGAUCUGCCUGACCAUCCUGGCUUGAAUGGCUAGAUGGACCUUGUACAAAACCACGUGCCCUUCCCCAGCAUGGAAAACACUCUUUUGGUGCGAGAGGAUUAAAAAAACACACAGGGCACUGAAACUCCUUAGUAUGGUGGUGCAGGAGGGAAAUACAACUGUAUUUAUUUUCGGGCUGUUUCUUUUUAUGUCUCAUUCGCCUCUGAGUCAUGCCCCAGGACUCCCAUUCGUUGGAAUGAAAGGGUGAAAAACACAACUUAAUGAACAAAUAAAUAAAUAAAUAGCCUCAUUGCCUG